AGCCUAAUCAAGCGAUAUCAAAGCAUUUUAACUUGACGUGGCAGAGCAUCACACAGUGUGGGCGUGGCUUCGCAUUGUCAACAUCCUGGUGACAUAACCAGUUUCUCCAAAAUGGCGACGGUGGAUCAAAGGGAAGCAGGUCAGGACGACCCAGAGAGUGAAGAUGAGGUGUAUGAGGUCGUGGACCUGACAGAGUAUGCCCGGAGGCACCAGUGGUGGAGCAGGGUGUUUGGGAACAACUCCGGCCCCAUUGCUGAGAAGUAUUCUGUGGCCACCCAGAUCGCGAUGGGUGGGGUGACUGGAUGGUGUGCUGGUUACCUCUUUCAGAGAGUCGGGAAGAUCGCCGCCACCGCUGUUGGAGGAGGGUUCCUUCUUUUACAGAUCGCCAAUCAUAGUGGCUACGUGCAGGUGGACUGGAAGAAGGUGGAGAAGGAUGUGAACAAAGCAAAGAAGCACCUGAAGAAGAAAGCAAACAAAGCAGCCCCUGAAAUAAACACUUUCAUUGAGGAGGUAAAGGCCACAGACUUCAUAAAAAGGAACAUCGUCUUGUCCAGCGGGUUCGUCGGUGGCUUCUUUCUGGGUUUGGCCUCCUAAAACUACUGCCCAUGAAGCAGACGGCCUCUUACUGUGAAACGCAUCGCUACAUAGGUCACUUUCCUCUCCAUUGUUUACCUCUCAGACCCAUGUGUGCAUUCAUUCACCUUUUAACGAACUGACCAGGGGGGCGGGGUUAUAUCAAACAUUAGAGCAUGAUCUGUUGUGACAGUGGUUUUAACUGUGUUCUACUCCCCCUGCUUCAAAGCAAUCAUAGCUGAUUAUUUCUCUUAUGGAGGGCACAUUUAGAAGUGUGUGUGGAGGUUGAUGAUGCUGUGAAGACUUUCUUCUGUGGGACCUGUAAUGGAUCUCUGUCAGACUGCUGAAUAUGCCAAGCUGCCACAAGCCAGCUCAGACUCUGCUCUGAGUCUCGCUCGUCCAUCCCAUCAUGUAUUCACCUGGUGGAUCUCAGAUUGUUAUAAAUUGGCGUGCGUGGGUGCCAUUGUAAAUACAUAGCUGACCCCUUUUCAGAGGUGUAAAUACCCACACAAGGGUAAAUAUUAUAUAAGCAGAGUGGGACGUUAACACCACCCCCCAGUCUAGUGCUUUUUGUAAUGUAAAGUUUAUGUGCCAUUUAAGCAUGUAAGCAAACACAGCUUUUAAAAUUCGUCACACUGGCUGGGGGUUGAAACAAAGUUAUUCUCCC